CACCUCCGUCACCUCCGCCAAAGUGCCCGUGAAUGGCGUCCACCUGCAUUACCAGCGGACCGGAGAGGGCGAGCAUGCGGUCCUGCUCCUGCCGGGGAUGCUGGGAAGUGGACAGACGGAUUUUGGCCCCCAGCUUAAGAACCUCAAUAAGAAGCUCUUCACAGUGGUCGCCUGGGAUCCUCGUGGGUAUGGACAUUCCAGACCCCCAGACCGAGAUUUCCCCCUGGACUUUUUCGAAAGGGAUGCAAAAGAUGCUAUGGAUUUGAUGCAGACGCUGAAAUUUAAGAAGAUCUCUCUGCUGGGGUGGAGUGACGGCGGCAUAACCGCCCUGGUGGCCGCUGCAAAAUACCCGUCUUACAUCCACAAGAUGGUGAUCUGGGGAGCCAACGCCUACGUCACCGACGAAGACACCACGAUUUAUCAGGGUAUCCAAGAUGUUUCUAAAUGGAGCGAGAAAGUAAGAAAGCCUCUUGAAGACCUCUAUGGGUACGACUACUUUGUCAAGACCUGCAAAAAGUGGGUGGAUGGCAUCGAACGCUUUAAACAGCUCCCGAACGGUAACAUCUGCCGGCACCUGCUGCCGCUGAUCCAGUGCCCCACCUUGAUCUUGCACGGCGAGAAGGAUCCCUUGGUGCCGCGUUUUCACGCCGACUUCAUACACGAGCACAUCAAAGGGUCACGGUUGCAUCUGAUGCCAGAAGGCAAACACAACCUUCAUUUACGUUUUGCAGAUGAAUUCAACAAAUUAGUAGAAGACUUCCUACAGUGAAAUGUACCUGAAAACAUUUGAGACUGACUGGUCCUUGGUACGGGCUUGAUCAUGUUGCCACCUGGUACAAGAUGCCUUUGAAACCCCCUCCCUGGUAUCACACCUCCAUUUACCACCCACCAGGCUUCCUGGCCCUCUUCUACAAUCGGAUCCUUAUCCAAUGGGAAUAAUGACAUUGAAAAUAGCCGCUAGCUGUGAUAAUGACAAAAAUUAAUUCUGAGUUUUUAACAUUAAGUUGGGGAUUGUUUCCAUUGUCUUAAAAAAUACAUUUCUGCCACCAUCUGCAUUCAAAUAAAUUUUACGUACAAUA